UUCCGGGGACCAGAGGAAAUGCUUUUUUGAAUGUGAUGCUGCAAACUGAAGCCUUUCGGAGUCGCAGGUCCUUUCCCCGGUUAACUGCGAAUCUCUGGGUGGAGAGAGGACCUGCCUUCGUCUCUCGGGCCAGGAAAGGUAAUCGACGCCGCGCACGCUCCUCUGCGCGCAGCCGGUUUCGCCUGCGGGACCCGAAGAGGAAGCCCAGCCGAGGGUAGCGUGGCCACGGCCGGGUCGCGGGGCCGGAGCUGCUGGAUGUACCAUGCUUUCCUGUGAUAUUUGUGGUGAAACAGUGACCUCAGAACCGGACAUGAAGGCUCAUCUCCUAAUUGUCCACAUGGAAAAUGAAGUCAUAUGUCCAUUUUGCAAAUUGUCAGGUGUGAAUUAUGAUGAAAUGUGUUUUCAUAUUGAAACUGCUCAUUUUGAACAAAAUGAAUUGGGCAGAAACUUUGAGAGGAUCAAUACCAUACACUGUGGAACUUCAGAUAACAGGAAGGACAAUACCCAGCAGAGCAGAAUGGAAGUUAAUUCAAGUAUUCAUUCACCCUGUGCAUCUAAUCAUCCGAAAAUUUCAGCUCAAAGUCUGCCUAAGGAUGGUACUUUAGAACAUAAAGCCUUUUAUUCAGAGAACUUGACUGAAUCUAGAAAAUUCUUGGAAAGUAAGGAAAAACAGUGUGACCUAUCCAAAAUAAAAGGAUCAAUUUAUGACACAGUGUAUAGUCCUCCUGAAUGCCCAUUCUGUGGAAAAAUAGAAGAUUGUACUCAAGAUAUGGAAACUCAUGUGAAAACAAAUCAUGCCAAUCUCUUAGACACUCCAGUAGAAGACUGUGAUCAACCAUUGUACGACUGCCCUAUGUGUGGGCUCACCUGUACAAAUUACCAUAUUCUCCAGGAACAUGUUGACUUGCAUUUGGAAGAAAGCAGCUUUAGACAAGGCAUGGAUAGAGUCCAAUGUUCUAGAGACCUAGAAUUGGCUCACCACCUUCAAGAAGAAGAAGACAGAAAGAGAUCUGAAGAAUCAAGACAAGAAAGGGAAGAAUUUCAGAAGCUGCAGCGACAAUAUGGUUUAGAUAAUUCUGGAGGGUACAAACAGCAGCUACUACGAAGUAUGGAGAGAGAAGUAAAUAGUGGAAGAAUGCAUCCAUCUGAAUUUCACAGAAGAAAAGCUGAUAUGAUGGAAUCACUAGCUAUUGGUAUUGAUGAUGGGAAAACAAAAACUUCUGGGAUUAUUGAAGCGCUUUACCAGUAUUACCAGAAUGCUGCCACAGAUGUCAGGCGUGUGUGGCUUUCUGCCGCAGUGGAUCACUUUCAUUCCUCUUUUGGUGACAAAGGUUGGGGUUGUGGUUACAGAAAUUUCCAAAUGCUACUGUCAUCAUUAUUACAAAAUGAUACUUACGAUGAUUGCUUGAAAGGUAUGUCAGUUCCUUGUAUUCCAAAAAUUCAGUCUAUGAUUGAAGAUGCAUGGAGGGAAGGUUUUGAUCCUCAGGGUGCCUCUCAACUUAAUGACAGGCUACAGGGAACAAAGGCCUGGAUUGGAGCAUGUGAAAUAUAUACACUUCUGACCUCCCUAAGGGUAAAGUGCCGUAUUGUGGAUUUUCACAAGUCAACUGGUCCUUUGGGUACGCACCCUCGCCUGUUUGAAUGGAUACUGAACUAUUAUUCUACAGAGAGGGAAGGGGGUCCAAAAGCAGUGUGUACACCUAAGCCUCCUAUCUAUCUGCAACAUCAAGGUCAUAGUCGAACAGUUGUUGGAAUUGAAGAGAGAAAAAACCAAACGUUAUGUUUACUAGUAUUUGAUCCUGCAUGUCCUUCUCGAGAAAUGCAGAAACUAUUAAAGCAAGACAUGGAGGCUAACAGUCUCAAGCAGCUUCGGAAAUUUGUGGGAAAUUUAAAGCAUAAACAGUACCAGAUAGUGGCAGUAGAGGGCGUUCUUACUGCAGAGGAGAAAAUUGCCAGGAGACAAGCAUCUCAAGUGUUUACAGCCGAGAAGAUUCCUUGAAGAAUUAAGCAUUUCAGUGAGUGUGGAACUUCAUGUCCCAAAUUCAGAUAUUAAAUUCCUUAAUGCAACUUAUGAACCUGUGAAUUCUUUAAAUACUCAACUUUUAGUUUCUAAAAUGUCUAAAUAUAUCAUUAGUGAUUCACUGUUUAGAAAUUUAGAAAAAUACCUUGUUUGCAUUGUGGGUUUUAUAUUUCUUACCCAUUUCAGAAACUGAUUUUGUAUUAUAGUCAUAUUUAAUAUUUAUUGCGUUCUUAUGUUAGGUAUGCUUAGUAUUUUCCAUGUAUUAAUUAGUUUAAUCUUCAAAAUAGUUCUGUGAGACAAGUGUUUUUAGUGUGUAAGGAAGUUGAAACUGUAAGAUUAGUAAUUUGCCUGGAAAAAUUUUCAUAAUCCCAGGCUGUCUUACUUUCAAAUUCUUACCAAUGUUUGGGUGUUGGGCACACAAUGUAAUAUACAGAUCAUGUAUCAUAGAAAUUACACUUGAAAUCUAUAUCAUAUUAAUAUCACCCCAAUAAAUUUAAUCAAAAACA